UUUAUCAAUUUCACUGUAGUAGAGGUGGGGAGGAGUGGGAACGUGACCGAUGGCUAAGCGAAGCUCUAGGCCAUGACUGAGUUUGUGGGGUGAUGCGCGUUUGCCACCCCCUCCCCCGCGCUCCCCUUGGCUGUCUGUGGUUGGAAAGCGGUGGGAGGCCUAAGUAGAAAAGUUGUCUGUUUUAGCUCCGUGCGCCAGCCUUUCACCCAAGUUUCUCACCCUAGGCGAUCUUUCGAUUUUGCUGAAAUAUUCAGAUCUGAAUGCGUUAGGUAUGGCCGGAACCCAGGCAAAAGAGAGAAUCAGCUCUGGGAUUACGUUUCUUCGGAGAGGAAGGGAUGGUAGACUAAGAAAAACAAAAUUUCUCCUUGGAAACAACGGUGUGGUCAACAUCUGUGGCCGUUGGAGCGGGUUUAUUCCCUGGGGCAGCCCGCCAGAGGUUGCCUGUUUUCUCGGAGGUACAGUCUAGAAGUCUGCCUAGCAGGCUAGAAAUAAGCUUUGUUCCCAAAAAGGCCAUUCAAAGAAGUCCAAUUUGGUUGUUUUCUUUUGGUUUUUUUUUUCUCUUUCUCUCUCUCUCUCUCUCUCUCUCUCUCUCUCUCUCUCUCUCUCUCAUUCCUCUCUCAUUCUUUCUCUCUCUCCCCCUCUCUCUGUCUCUGUCUCUCUCUUUUGAGUAUGUUGGAGAAAGCCCCGUACUGCGUAUUUGGAAUGUGGCAUCAUAACACUGGCAGACAUUUUCCAACAAAUUCUCCUAGCCGUUAAAACGAAGGGACUUUGAAUUGCACAUUUUGCAAAUUAUACAAAAACACAUUAGUAAAUAUCAUCAUAUUUGUUUAUACAGCAUGGGGAAUUAAGUCUGACCCAGCAGGCAUUUGUUCAAGGCUUUCAUAAAAACAAGUUUUAAAUAACCAAAGUGCUUGCAUUUUUGAAGGCCAGAUUUAAAUCUUCCUUUUUCCCAUAUUUAAAUUUUUAUUUUAUUAUAUUUUCAUUUGUUUCUUGAAGGAAUUUCUUAUCUUUUCCCAAAUAAACCACGCCGUGGCUGAGUAAAAGGAAUUUUAGAACAAAUCAGUGCCGCCCCUGUUCACGUGUGUGAGAGCAAAAAUCGUGCUUAUGAACCGCUAGUUUUGUGAUGCAUGGGCUCCAAAGCCAGCCGUGCCAGGAAAAAAAAAAAAAAAAAAAAACAACUCUGAGCAGAAAUGAGGCCCCACUCUGUGAACUGCAGUGGGUAGCAACUCUCCUUACACGCCUGAGCUGCCUCCAGUUUAAGACCAGGGCCAUGUCUUUACCCACAAAACUAAGAACGCUGGUACUUCAAGACUACUGACAAAAGGCCCCAAUACUUCCCCCACUAAGGGGCAAGGGCCAUUUUGAGGGUUGGAUUUAGCAAAAAAGAAAGAAAAAUAUUUAACCUAAGGAUAGAUUGAACCUGGUAGACCAGAAAUGAAAAGAAAAAACCCCACACAUUAAACAACCCUGAAAAAGGCAACACUCUUAAAGAACAAGUAAAGAUUAUUGCUUGUAGAAAAAAAUCUAGUUAUUCAUAAAUGUAUAAAUGGGGGAAUUUCUGAAAUUUUGUUAAUGCUGGACAUGCUGAAACUGUAUUAAUUUUCCUCUAUGAAGCUGCAAUCCAGCUCUACACCCUCUAGAUAAUCUGGAGCCCCCCCCCCUCCAAAAAAGAGCACUGAGAAUGAUUUCUAUAUAAAAACUAACUUAUAUUUCAUUCUCAGGACCUAGGGGUAUUUUGCUUUUUGUUUUGUUUGUUGUUUGUUUCGUUUUGUCCUAGUGAGAAACUCAACUUAUUUUCAUAAUAAGAAUGUAUUUGGGGUCCUCACAAGGGCCUACACAGGAAGAGGAAUUGGCUUUCAAGUCAAAUGCAGAGUAAUCCUCAAACUUUCUUGAUUCAUGCGUCUGGCAUUUCCCAUGGAGAGAAUGGAUCUUAUCUCCAGGUAGAAACCCGCAAUAUUUACUCCUGAACAAACACAGCCUGUGGCGGUGGUGGCCACAGCAGGGAGAUUGCUGCAGUGGUCUGGUUAAGGACAGCAGGCACCAUGGGUUUUAGGUCAAAGGCAUCUACUGAAGGAAAAGGGAAUUCAGCAGCUGAAAAGAAGGGCAGAGGCGAAAAGAAAGAAAAGGGAAUCACUCUACUUAAUCCCUUGGUGGGGGGGGGGCGGAUGGCGAAUCUCCUGAAAGCCAAGGAGCUCAAUAAACAAAAUAUUUUUUAUUGUGGAGGCUAACACCUCAUUGUUGUGGUUUAGGGAGACACUGGAGCUUUCAGGGUGGCUGAGGGGAGCCUUGGGCUCCAGACCAAGAAAGCCGAGCAGGCACUCAACCCAUCUUCCACGUUUAACUGAGUCAUUAUAUUUACUCUGCGACAGCCAUAUCAGGCCAGUCCGCCAGAUACCUCACAGUAUCCCACGGUAGGCUCUCCUGUUAUUCCCUUGCUUAGCAAAUCUCAGUGGGAGUAAGACAGAGCGGCCAGUUAGAGAGAGGUUUCCAUGAAGGCUCACACACUUAAACAAAGAAAAGAAAGAGCUCAAAUUAAAUAUGCCGUUUGGUUUCUAACGAGGGGGCAAGUUACUGUUGCCAGCAACAUAGCUGCUUUUCACAAAGGCUGGUGAAGACCCAAGUGCCAAUGCCAUGGUCUGUGAGGCUGGUAGUGGACAAUCUGAUUCUCCCAACCUUUGGCAGAGAGGCAUUUACAUGCAGUACUGGAGUUGACUUUUUAACCUUGGUCAGCAAUAGCAGGCAUCUGGAUAGCAUCCAACCUAGAAGCCCAUUUGGCCAUCCUACAAGGCCUUGGCUAGGACCAGCCUGAGUGGCUUGCAGCUGGGCACCUGGCUUGUUUUGCCAGACAAAUAAGCAGGGGUUGCUGAGUUCCAUGAGAGUACUGGAUGGAGAAUUUAAGGACAAAGCUUUUUUUGGGGGGGUCUAUAAAACCCCUUGGAAAUGAUGGAUCAAGUCAUGGGAAUGCAGAUUUGUUUCUUUCAGACCUACCCUUAGGUAUGCAGCGGACUCCCUGAAACCUUGGAAGGUUAAGAAAGAUCCCUUAUCUGUGUCAGCGUCUUUCUUUUUAUUCUUGUAGCCUCUGCUAUCUCAGACACUCUCUCCAAUGGCCACCGGUCCCUUAAAAGUCACUACCAGUGAAGCUCCUUUUUACAUGACGGGGACAGCAGAGGGGUCUAAUCCUGAUCCACAAGCCUGCUGGCCUGCUGCUGCUCCUUUUUCUGAAGGAACGUUCAGCACUCUUGAGACCUACUUCCCCACAUAGCAUCUCUCGCCAGAGAGGUAUCUGAAUCACUGAAGAGCAAAGUGCCCUUUUUCUGGCAGCCCCCCAGCUUCCGGGCAUUUUCAGGUGACAGACUGAACACAAGUCCCACCUGUCUGGUGAACAGAGGAGGGACCAAGCACAUCCUGGAAGCUUAAGGGAGGGCCAUUGGCUUCAAUGCUCUGGAGCUCUGCAGACUGGUGAUUCUCUUGGUCGCUCGGCCUACCCAAGAGAAAAUUUGCCUUGGCCUUGGGCACAGAAGCAAACCAGAUAGUUAAUGUUUCACACAGACCCAGAUUUUAGUUUCCAGAGUGGCUAAUAUAGAUUGAAAUUUCCAGCUGCAGCGGGCUGAUGCUCAUGGGUGUUCGUUCAUAUUCUCUUUCUCUCUCCCCUUUUCUCUCAUUUCUUUCUUCAUCUUCCUUCCUUCUUUCUCUCCCCAUUUCUUUCUUUUGCAUUCAGAUGCUUAGAUACCCAGCCCUCCCAGACAGUCACCUUGGGGGGGACAGAGGUAGAAGGGACAGGGAUACCUCGCUAGCUAGUGUUAGCAGAAGCCCUGAUUCCUGGGCGGCGGCUGGCCAAGCAGCGGCAAACAACCCCAGUCGCUGGAAUCUCAGGAGCCAGAGGCUGGCCUCUACCGUGGUAGCCCAGUCUAUGUGUUUUCACUCUGAGGGUCCUCACAGGGUCGUUGUUGUCCAGUGGCUGGAUUCAUUCUGGGAGAAUCCAGAACAUGAUCAUCUAAAUGUAAGAGUCUUUCUCUGCCGUUUGCAGAAGCCUGAACAAUGUAGUUUCUGGAAUCUGGGCAGUCAGCAACACUCCUGUUCCUACUGGAGCUGGCAGGCCUAGGGCAUCCUGGAGACCUCAUAACCUUGUGGGUUACAGGUCAGGGGCAAAGCAUCAACUAACUGCACAAGCUCCACUGGAUCCUGCCGGAGAAGGUCACAGUUUCUGAGCUUGAGAUGAGGUGCUCACUUUAAAAAGCACCCCUGAGUAGAACCCAGUGUCUGCUAAGCAAAGCUCCUGGUCUCUGGAGCCUCUUAUAAUAGGGCCCAAACCCAGCUUAAUCUUCCAGGGAAUGGAUCGCCCUCAUCACCACCUUGUUAAAAUGUGCACGCUGUAACACAAAAUGGCUGGAACAAAAACUGCUCCAGCCACGUCUUUGGGUGGUGGGGUGGGACAGCAAGAUAAGAGUGUAGUGACAGGUUUUUCAGAACCUCAGGGAGGCUAGGAAUGCUAAGGCUUUAAGGAAAGCAAGAGAGAAAGCCGUGUGGUAGAGGCGUUUGCUGGGCAUGUUCUCCCAGGGUUUCACCUCCAGUUCUCCCAGUACAGAGAGACCAGAGACCCAAAGCUAAUAUUCUAGUCCCCCAAAGCAAGUGAGUUUGGGUCUCCUCGGGGGUGAUGGGGAGUAUGCCUUUGACUGGGGGAAAGCCCUUUUCUAGGGUUGCCAGACAGUUGGUUUUCACCUCACAGCAGCUCUGCAAGGUUGUAUGGCAGAAAUAGAGAGCCAUGAACAGACAGAGGGAAGGGGAAAAAUCUUGACUGGCCAAAGGAUGGAGUGGGGAAGUCGUGAAGACAGAGGAGCCAGGCAGUGAUCAGCCAGUGCAUUUCCGGCAGUAUUCAUUGUACGAUGUUCGAGUGGUACUAGCUAGCUUCCAGUUCACUGAGGAUUCUGGACACUCCGAGGGUCUCAACAGCCUUAGGACCACGCCAGUCACUUUGGGGAGCCAAAUUUAAGAACUAGGACCAGCUUCCAGAAAUGAAUAGAACGAAGAGACAGAGACAGGGCCUGCUUAAGUGAUCAAGGGACGACAGGGACUCAUGGCCACUCCUGCAGACAGACAUGGGAGCACCCAAAGAUGGCUGGGGUGCACAUCAUAAACACCCCACUUGUUAAAAGCCCAAGGCCUAAGGGCGCUUCCAAAUAUAUUCUUUGCGGGAGGGGGGCAGUUUGCAGACUCAAGAGCCAGUUCUCCUGACCACCACUUUGAGGCAGCCCCCACAGUUCUGGCCUUCGGGCCAUAGGUGUCAGGCGUGCGUCUUCUGGCCCAUCAAUACAGAUUACAUAUUUAUAUCAAUCGCGGGCUUCUAGGGCGCCCUCGGAGAGCGGCCCUGCGCCUACGAAACCAAACUGGGAGUGGUCGCGUGGAAACUCUGGCUCGGGAUUGGCUGCGGGCGCCCGCCGCGGUGCGGGGGGAUUGCUAAUGGUAUUCAGCAUGUUUUGCACAAGAAAUGUCAGCCAGAAAGGGCUAUCUGCUCCCUUCGCCAAAUUAUCCCACAACAAUGUCAUGCUCGGAGAGCCCAGCCGCGAACUCUUUUUUGGUCGACUCUCUCAUCAGCUCGGCCAGAGGCGAGGCGGGUGGCGGUGGCGGUAGCGCGGGGGGCGGCGGAGGCGGCUACUACGCCCACAGCGGGGUCUACCUGCAGCCAGCCAGCGACCUGCCCUAUGGGCUGCAAAGCUGCGGGCUUUUCCCCGCGCUGGGAAGCAAGCGCAAUGAAGCGCCGUCGCCUGGAGGCGGUGGUGGUGGUGGUGGUGGUGGUGGCGGUGGUGGCAGCGGGGGUCUGGGUCCCGGGGCUCAUGGCUACGCGCCCGCGCCCCUAGACCUGUGGCUGGACGCGCCCCGUUCCUGCCGGAUGGAACCGCCCGACGGGCCGCCGCCACCGCAGCCACAACCCCAGCAGCAGCAGCCGCCCCCGCCCCCGCCGCAGCCGCCCCAACCCCCGCCACAGGCCACUUCGUGUUCUUUUGCGCAGAACAUCAAAGAAGAGAGUUCCUACUGCCUCUACGAUUCUGCGGACAAAUGCCCCAAAGGCUCGGCCGCCGCCGACCUGGCUCCUUUCCCGCGGGGCCCGCCGCCCGACGGCUGCACCCUGGGCUCUUCUAGCGGAGUGCCAGUGCCUGGCUACUUCCGCCUGUCCCAGGCCUACGGCACGGCCAAGGGCUUCGGCGGCAGCGGCGGCGGCGGCACGCAGCAGCUCGCCAGUCCCUUCCCUGCGCAGCCCCCGGGGCGCGGUUUCGACCCGCCGCCGGCACUGGCCUCGAGCUCGGCGGAGGCAGCCGGGAAGGAGCGAGCCCUCGACUCCACGCCGCCGCCCACGCUGGUUUGCACCGGUGGCGGCGGAGGCUCGCAGGGCGACGAGGAGGCGCACGCGUCAUCCUCGGCAGCUGAGGAGCUGUCCCCGGCCCCCUCCGAAAACAGUAAAGCCUCGCCGGAGAAGGACUCCCUGGGCAAUUCCAAAGGCGAAAAUGCAGCCAACUGGCUCACGGCAAAGAGCGGCCGGAAGAAACGCUGCCCUUACACGAAGCACCAGACGCUGGAACUGGAGAAGGAGUUUCUAUUCAACAUGUACCUUACUCGAGAGCGGCGCCUAGAGAUCAGCCGUAGCGUCCACCUCACGGACAGACAAGUGAAAAUCUGGUUUCAAAAUCGCAGGAUGAAACUGAAGAAAAUGAACCGAGAAAACCGAAUCCGGGAGCUCACAGCCAACUUUAAUUUUUCCUGAUGAAACUUGCAGGCAACGCCCGUAUUUUCGCUUCCAGAGCGCCUGUACCCCUCCUUCUGCCUCCAGCCUCUGUCCCAGAACUCGCACCUGUGCCGGAGCCCCAUUGCGCCCUUCCACACUCGCCGUCUCCCAGGCCGUUUCGUCUGUGCAGGGCUGGUUUGUUCUGACACUUUGUUUCUUUGUCUGUUUGCUUGGUGUUGGUUUACUUACUUUCUGGGGGAAAAAGCCAUAUCGCUAAAAUUCUAUAGAGAUUGAGAUUGUCCUCAUGUCGAGUCCUGACUGGGCUGGGUUCGCUGCCUCGGGGGUUCCUACUGCUAGUACCGCCCCAAUUCUUCUACUAGGAUCUGCUUUCCUGCUCAGCCCUGGGUAAACUUAGCCGGAAGCCAUAGGUCCCAUUGUAGGCGCUGAGGUGUCUGGCCUGAGGUCAAUGGUGCAAGGAGCCGCCACCGGGUUCGCCAGCCUGGAGUGCUGGGCUGUGUUUAAUCAGCGAGUAAAGGCCUGAUUUCUCUUUUCUUCCUUCUUUUCUUCCUUGGUCGAGAGCAGAAUAUUGAAACAUGGACAUGCAGGUUAGCAAUAGGGCUUGACCUGGCUGAUUGAAAAAAAAAAAUGAGAAAGAAAUAAUCAGAAAGAUUAAUUUUUUCCUUCCUGUGUAAGAUCUCCCAGCUUUAAAAAAAAUAAUAAAUGGCCAAGAGAAGGAGGCUUCUCUUCCCGUUUGCCUAAGGUCUUGCUUGCCUGACUAAAAUCCCUCAUUUACCUUUGAAUUUCCAUGUCCUGGCUGUUGAUAAAUAACGCAGGUUUGUUUAUACAUGUGGAAUUAGUGGAUUUUUGCCAUUAAAACUGUUGCCAUUUGGUAACACGCGAAAAGCACACCACGAUUCUCCCUAUCUUAUGGAGUUGGGUUUUUUGUUUUGUUUACUUUUGUUUUGCUUUAAUUCACUUUUGCUGUUAUUGUUCUGUUUUGUAGGCUUUCUGAAAUUCAUGGGAGCCUAAGUGGGCUGGGGCAAGCAGAUGAGAGAAGGGAGACAUUGUUUGGAUUUUCUUUAUACUGUGAAGUUACAUGCAUAAAAGGGUCAAACCUGUAGGUGCAGAAAAAGAAAAAAAACUAUAAGUACAAAUCUGUAUAAAUGUCUAUUAUUAUGAAAAAUUGCCAAUCUUGUUUAAGCAAAUGCAUUCUAUCGUUAUUAUAAAUGUUAGUUUUAGCUUUAUUUACUUCAAAUCUUAAAUCAGAAUAAAUUAAUAUUGUAUUGCUGCUGUGCGUGGAAAAAAGAUGAUGUUUAUGUUCUUAUAGAAUAAAAGCUGUGGAAUGAA